AUGGCGCCCUCUGUCACUAUCGACAAUGCCUCUGAUUUCGCUCCGAGCUCCGCUCACCCCACCAAACCCUCUGGCCGCACGUUGCUCCUAGCCCCGCCGUCCAUAUCAGCGCACCCCGAAGCGCUCAACCGCGUAUUCGAGGCCCAUGAUCGCAGCGUCACGGAUAUUCAGAUGCUCGAUCGCCUCGCUCUUGGCCUUGUCGCACUUCCUUCCGCCACCUACGAUACUGUCCUCUUGCUCACCGACGCUGAUGGCUCACGGACCAAGAGCCAGAAGCUCUUCGACAGAGACGUCAUAGGCAAGGUGGCCCAGGCGCUUAAGUCGGGAGGCAAACUUCGCAGCCAGGACGGGAACUUUGGCGUAGACGGCGCGGAGAAAACGGAGGCGAUUCUUGCUGGAUUGGUCCAGGAAGGCACAGAUGGCUUCAGCAAGCCCGACCAGAGUGCGGAGCAGUCUGUUCCUUUGCGCUUCGGAAAGAAAGCGAAUGCUGCUGCGAACGGUGCCGUUCCUCUGCAGCUUAAUGGAAAGAGAAAGAGCAUAUCCCAGGAGCCAGCAAAGCCAUCAGGUGUAGGCUUUGUGGAUUUCAGCGAUGAUUUUGGAGUCCCUAUGGUUACCGGCGAGGAGGAUGACGACCUCAUCGACGAGGAUGAGCUGUUAACUGAGGAGGACAAGACGCGCCCCAUGAUGCCCCCACCUGAGUGUCGCCCCAAGGUCGGAAAGAAGCGUCGCGCUUGCAAAGACUGCACCUGCGGCCUUGCGCAACAGAUCGAGGCGGAAGACGCAGCCAAGCGUGCUGAAGCUGACAGCGCCCUUGACACCAUGAAACUGGGCGCUGACGACCUCGCCGAAGUCGACUUCACGGUCCAGGGCAAGGUCGGUAGCUGCGGCAAUUGCGCUUUGGGAGAUGCGUUCCGCUGUGAUGGCUGCCCGUACAUUGGACUGCCUGCGUUCAAACCAGGCGAGGAGGUCCGCCUUGUCAACAACGACGUCCAGCUGUAA